ACAUUUAGGUUAUCGCAAUUAUCUUAUAAAAAAGAAUGUCAUAAGCAAGUGAUGUAUUUUGAGUGUUUAUAAUUAAAUGUGAAAAGACAUUGAAAAGGUCUUAAAUGAUUUUGACUGGAUAUCUCUUUAAAAAUGUCUUUCGAUUUUAAUGGCAAGAAAGUUCUUGUUACUGGUGCAGGUAAAGGAAUCGGACGCGCUAUAGCUAUUGCACUAAAUGAAGCUGGGUGUAAAGUUUAUGCUCUCAGUCGUACGAAGUCUACUCUCGACACUUUGGUAGCUGAACAUCCUAAGAUUGUUCCUAUACUUGCUGACGUAUCCAACUGGGAUGAUACCAGAAGAAAGCUCGAAGAUUUAGAACCGCUCAAUGGUUUGGUCAACAACGCCGGGAUUCUUGGAGAGAGUUGUUCUGCAGUUGAUUGUCCGAGAGACGAAAUCAUCAAAAUAUUGGACAUUAAUCUGCUGGGCGCAAUAAAUUGUGCACAAUUGGUUGCAAAGAAAAUGAUUGAUGCCAAAGUAAAAGGAUCUAUCGUGAAUAUUUCAAGUGUGGCCGGAAUAGGUGCGUGUUAUUCUUACUUGCCGUACAAUGUUUCGAAAGCAGGGCUGGAUAUGGUCACUAAACAAUUUGCACUGGAACUUGGACCAUACCAGAUAAGGGUUAAUUCGGUCAAUCCUGCGACUGUCGUGACGCCUAUGGUUACAAAUCUAAAGAAUACUGCAAAGGGUUUAACUUCCCAAACACCUAUGGGUAGAGUUGCAAAGGUGGAGGAAGUUGUUUGGCCGGUAUUGUACCUUCUUAGUGACUAUUCAAGUAUGGUUACUGGCCAGUUGCAUCCGGUUGACGGAGGACUGCUGUCCAAUAUAGCGGUGAAAUAUGAUUUUUCUAAAUGAUGAUAAAACUGUUUUGGUUGUGUUACAAAAAAAAACUGUCCGUGUAAACUUGCAAAGAAUUGCCGAUUGCUAUAUCACUAAUUAAAAUGAAAAAAAAAAUGAAAUUAUCUGCACGCCUUAAGCAACAUAUCUGAAUAACAUAACAUACUAUUCUUUUAAUAAAGUACAGAAACACA